AUGUCGCUCUCAAGUGUGCUGCCCGCGCCGACGAAUCCUGUUUGGGAUCGCGACGAUGAGCGCAAAAUGAAAACACCGUCGAUGGGUGCAUUGGUUAGCGCCAAGGUUGCAGCACCGCCUUAUGGGCAACGGAAGAGCUGGAUACCACGGACUGAUGCCGAUUACGGAGAUGGAGGUGCCUUCCCGGAGAUUCAUGUGGCCCAGUACCCAUUGGGCAUGGGUGCUCCGGGUAAUGCAUCGAAAAAGUCGAAUGCUCUUGCAGUGCAGCUGGAUCAAACGGGAAAGGUGAAAUACGAUGCCAUUGCGAGACAAGGUCAUGCAAAAGACAAAAUAGUGUACUCCAACAUAAAUCAACUACUCCCAGCCGAAGUCCUGGCGGAGGAUGCCGAAGAACUACAAUUACCCGAUCAGGAAGCUAUUAAUGAGAUUACAGAAAACACCCGCAAAGCUUUGGAAAAGUUAACCAACCAAAAGAUCGUGUCUGCUAUGCCAGUCAGAGCCGCUGAAAAGCAAGCACCAGCGCAAUACAUCCGUUACACACCUUCCCAGCAGGGGGAUGCAUUUAAUUCAGGUGCAAAACAGCGCAUUAUACGCAUGGUGGAAGCUCAAGUCGAUCCGAUGGAACCACCCCGUUUUCGCAUUAACAAAAAGAUUCCUCGGGGACCUCCUUCACCACCAGCACCCGUACUUCAUUCUCCUACCAGGAAGGUAACGGUCAAGGAACAAAAAGAAUGGAAGGUUCCGCCUUGUAUAUCGAACUGGAAAAAUGCAAAAGGUUAUACCAUUCCGCUGGACAAACGUCUUGCAGCCGAUGGCCGUGGAUUGCAGCAGGUGCAUAUCAAUGAGAAGUUUGCAAAAAUGGCCGAAGCACUGUAUAUUGCUGAUCGGAAGGCCCGUGAAGCCGUGGAAGCUCGAGCCCAACUGGAGAAAAAAUUGGCCCAGAAGGAAAAAGAAAAGAAGGAAGACAUGCUGCGGCAGAUGGCGCAAAGGGCUCGCGACGAACGUGCCGGAAUUCGUCAUCCAGAUGCAGCUGGCGACAACAUUGCCGGUGGAUCGUCAGCAGCUGAUUUGCGCGAACGAGACGAGAUACGAGCAGAGCGACAUCGUGAGCGCGCCCGCGAUCGCAACCUGGCCCGAGCUGCUCCCGAGAAGCGAUCAAAACUGCAGCGUGAACGUGAACGAGAUAUUUCCGAACAGAUUGCGCUCGGAAUGCCAGCUAAAACGAACCUUGCCGGAGAAUCGCAAUUCGAUCAGCGUCUGUUCAAUACCUCAAAAGGAAUGGAUUCUGGUUAUGGAGAUGAUGAAGCGUAUAACGUUUACGAUAAGCCGUGGCGUGAAUCGGGUACUCUUGGUCAACAUUUGUACCGACCGAGCAAAGCACUUGAUAAUGACGCGUACGGUGCGGACCUAGACAAGAUUGUAAACACCAAUCGAUUCGUACCGGAUAAAGAAUUUAGUGGCACGGAUCGUACGGGACAAAAUGUUCGACAAGGACCAGUGCAGUUUGAGAAAGAAGAAGAUCCCUUCGGCUUGGAUCAGUUCUUAUCAAUGGCCAAGAAAGCACCUAAACGGAAAGAAGAUUCAUCCGCCGGAACGAGUGGAACCGGGAGCAGUAAUCGUGACAAGGAUCGCAAAAAACGUAGAGAUUAACUGGAGCAUUUUAGCGAGCUUACGUAUAUGUUCAAAUGGGUAACUUCAUUAUCAAAUUUACUGCUUCAACCAUAAAUUUAAUGUUUUUUUAUUAUUUGAAAGGCUCAAAAGUGUGUG